AUGAACGGAAAUGAGUCUGGAGACAACUCUGACAACAACUCUGACGACAACUCUGACAACAACUCUGACAACAACUCUGACGACAAUUCUGAACGUCCCAAGAAAAGGGCAUUCAAGAAGAUUACAUAUACCAAGAGCUCCAGGGAGGCUCGUGAUGCCGAUGUACCACUGAACGAGAACGCUGUUCCCCGCAAGAUCAACCCAACAAACCUGAUGGUCGACGCUGUUGCAUCUUUGCAUCCAAUGCGCGCAAUGAGGCCUGGUCGGAUUGAGUCGUGUCUUAUUCACAGUCUCAAAGAGUCGUUCCCUUGCAUGAAUGACCAGGACCGUAGCCUCUUAUUGGACCAUCUCCUCGAGACCAUGCAGACGAUGGCAAGAGUCCAUACUAAUUUGCUACGCGAGGGCCUUUUGGUGACCAAUCUCUACAUAGCAAGAACGUUCGGAACAUUCCCAGCAAUUGACGAAGAUCGAGGACGAGUGCAUCGCGACAAAAGAAUGGAACACUUCAACAAUAUCCUAUUGAAGGGUAAACGAGAUUCAUUUUUUCAGCGGCUUUUGAAUCGGUUAAUCAGAUGGGACAGUGACGAUUCCGAUCUCAAGAAGGCUAGUUCACCUGCAUUAAUGGCGUCCGACAAGAUUUUUCAGGAGUAUUUACAGAUCACCUUGCAACGCCAGGCACCACCAUUCCGACUGAAGGAUAGAGACCUCUGUGAAGGCUCCUUCAUGAGCCAGUGUGCGAGAACACUGUCCGAUAUGGUAGGAGGCCAUCUCUACAAGCAUUAAUGCACAAUCCCUCUUGGGCCUCUUCUGAGAACGGGAAGGCCAUUUUGGACUCUAUCGACGAUA